AAAGAGCGUGUGUUUGCCUGAAGCUUGUUUGUUGUGUGUUUAUUGUGUAGCAGUGGUGUAUGAGGUAGUGAUUGUGAGGAUUGUAGUAAUACAAAGUGGGAUAAUGCAAUGGUCCGAGAAAGAAUUUCAGGACAAAAAGAAACGGAUACUCAACAGUACCGAUUUAAGUCGCAAAGGUAGUGUGGACAGUGACAUUGUUGAACUUGUUGAUUUUAUCAACUCUCACAACCAAUAUGUUACAACAAGUUCGUGUUCAGGCCGCUUGAUCCUGUUUUGUGAGGUGCCGUCAAUGGGAAACAGUAAAGAAGGAUGCAAGUGGUUGUACACAACACAUGAUGACAUCGAUAUGGAAGAUAUGAUGAGUAAGCUUGACCCAACUGUGGGAGAUCUCGUGCUGAAAUUUGAACCUAUGAUUCUUCACGUACAAUGUCAUACAGUAGAAGACGCAAAACAUUUGCAUACUUGUGCCCUGGAAUCAGGCUUCCGCAACACUGGAGUCACAGUUGGUCACAGAGGAAAAGUCAUGCUGGCAAUACGUAGCUGCUUAAACUUAGAAGUUCCACUUUCUCAUGCUGGGAAGCUAUUAGUCUCUGAAGAGUAUCUAAAAUUCCUUACUAGUAAAGCCAGUGAGAAGAUGAAGGAAAAUAAACGAAGAACCAUGAAUUUUUUCUCAAAAAUUAAAAGCAUUAAAGAGAAAGAAAUUGUGAGAACAGAAGUACUGAAUUUCUAACGACAAUUUGCUUCUCUGAAACCCAGCUGGUUACUUCAGCUGCAGACCUUGCCUUGGAAACAGAUUUUUUUUGAAGACGUAGCGACUGGAAUUCCAUCUACUCAGCCACAAUAAGACAACUGAGCUCCAAUAAAUAAGCAGUGGCAUUGAUGCACAAGUAACUGAAGUAAUGUCAAGUCAGAAGAUUUGAUUGAGACUGUGAUCUAUGCAUAAUGUAUCUGUUUUAUAAUGAGUUAAAAAUGUUACUCCAGGAAUUCUUACAAUGUGUUUUGAGAGAACUAAUCAUUCCAUCUUAUUUUCUGCUAAAUCGUAUAUAUUACUGCCUACUUUCCCUUCAGGGGAAUCAUAUAAAUUUUAAAAAAAAUGGCUGGUAACGAUAAUAGAACUAGAUUGAUUUGUGAUUCUACACAUUAGCAGAAAUGUUACUUUAUUCUGUAUGCAGAAUCUUUAUAUUAUAGUUUUCUGAUUAUCAAAGUAAUAGCCCAGGGAAAUACAUGGAUGAAACUAUUGUCUUGACAGGUAAGGAGGGAAAUGCUGUAAUAUCAAGUUAUCAAGAAAACGUCUCUAUGACAUUACAAGGGCAAGUUUUCACAACAAGGAUUACAUUUUUAGGAUUGAAAUAAUGCAGCACAGCUCAUUUAUGGCCUCAGAUAACGAAGGAAACCCCAUUAAGAAGAAACUGUCCCAUUACUGUAGUGAUGGUUGUCAGAGUAAUUAAAAUAUCUGCCUAUAGUUUCUUAUAUUUAAAAUGUGUAUUUUGUGUAAUAAAACACCAGUUUUUGUUCA